GGCGGCCGGAGGCGGCGCAGGGAGGAGAGCGGGGCGCGGGCGGAUCGCCGGGGGCAGGUGAGGGCGGCGGCCGCCAGGAGGAGCUCGGGCCGGGCGGGGACGGCGCGGAGCGGAGCGGAGCCGAACUCGCCGGGAGCGCGAUCCGCCUCGCGCAGAGUGAAGACUGGAACAACCAGAGGAAGGUGUGUAGCUGCAGGUCAAAGAAAAUGAAUGGCACACUGGAUCACCCAGACCAACCUGAUCUAGAUGCCAUCAAGAUGUUUGUGGGUCAGGUCCCACGGAGCUGGUGUGAGAAGGAUCUAAGAGAGCUUUUUGAACAGUAUGGUGCUGUCUAUGAAAUCAAUGUCUUGAGAGACAGGAGCCAAAACCCUCCUCAAAGCAAAGGGUGCUGUUUUGUUACAUUUUAUACCCGUAAAGCUGCACUAGAAGCACAGAAUGCUCUUCACAACAUGAAGAUCCUCCCAGGGAUGCACCAUCCUAUCCAGAUGAAACCUGCUGAUAGUGAAAAGAGUAAUGCAGUAGAAGACAGGAAGUUGUUUAUUGGAAUGAUAUCCAAGAAGUGCAAUGAAAAUGAUAUCCGAGUGAUGUUCUCCCCCUUUGGGCAGAUUGAAGAAUGCAGGAUAUUACGGGGCCCAGAUGGCCUGAGCCGAGGUUGUGCAUUUGUGACUUUUACAACAAGAGCUAUGGCACAAACAGCAAUCAAAGCAAUGCAUCAAGCACAAACCAUGGAGGGUUGCUCUUCUCCCAUUGUGGUAAAAUUUGCAGACACGCAGAAGGACAAAGAGCAGAAACGAAUUGCUCAGCAACUCCAGCAACAAAUGCAGCAGAUCAGUGCUGCCUCAGUAUGGGGAAACCUGGCUGGUCUCAACACACUUGGACCCCAAUACUUAGCACUUUAUUUGCAGCUCCUUCAGCAGACAGCAGCUGCGUCGUCUGGGAACCUGAACACAUUGAGCAGCCUCCACCCAAUGGGAGGGCUCAACGCGAUGCAGCUGCAGAACCUGGCAGCGCUGGCGGCCGCAGCCAGCGCGGCUCAGAACACACCGAGCGGUACUGCUGCCCUCACUUCUUCCAGCAGCCCCCUGAGUGUGCUCACCAGCUCAGCAGGUUCCUCACCUAGCUCCAGUAGCAGCUCCUCUGUUAAUCCAAUGGCUUCUCUUGGAGCACUGCAGACACUGGCAGGGGCUACAGCAGGCCUCAACGUUAGCUCUUUAGCAGGAAUGGCAGCCUUAAAUGGAGGACUCGGCAGUGGUGGUCUCUCAAAUGGGACAGGUAGCACAAUGGAAGCUCUCACACAGGCUUACUCUGGAAUCCAGCAAUAUGCUGCUGCUGCAUUGCCCACACUCUAUAACCAGAGUCUCUUAACACAGCAGAGCAUUGGUGCAGCAGGAAGUCAAAAAGAAGGUCCAGAGGGAGCGAAUCUGUUUAUCUACCAUCUCCCCCAGGAGUUUGGGGAUCAGGAUCUGCUGCAGAUGUUCAUGCCAUUUGGGAAUGUCGUCUCUGCCAAGGUUUUCAUUGACAAGCAGACCAAUCUAAGCAAGUGUUUUGGUUUUGUGAGUUACGACAAUCCCGUGUCUGCGCAGGCGGCCAUUCAGUCAAUGAACGGCUUCCAAAUCGGCAUGAAGCGUCUCAAAGUACAGCUCAAGCGCUCCAAGAAUGACAGCAAGCCAUACUGAGCACCCUCCCCCUGGGACUGGAGUGAGAAGGAUCUUCUGGUAAGUUGGAGAGGAGCGCACUUAGUGAUUCGAAGCCCUAAGGCUGUGUUUUUACAGUCCUGGAAGCUGAUCCAUGCCUUCUAUCUGGCACAUCUUCCCCUGAAGACUCGGCUGCAGCCUCUGCUGAGAAUCCCGCUUCGGAUGGAGGACAAGUUUGUGCUUUUGUUUCCAGUGUUUUACUUUGGAGUUUAGGUGCCAUAUCGCUGAGGUUUUGUUUUUUUGGGUUUGUUUUGUUUCCCCCCCUUCCCCCCCAGCCCUUAUUUGAAGUUUGCUGUGUUUGUAACCAGUGUGUGUUGAGAAGGACCAAUGCCAGCUUCCGUCGGGGUGGGGAGGGAAGGUUAAAGAGAGAAGCAGAAACUGACACCACACUGCCUUAGGGUAGAGAGGAGAAGGGGAAGCAGAACUGACACCACCACACUGCUAUGGGGGAGAGGAGAAGGGAAGGCAGAAAUAACACAGAACAGCUGAUGAAAACAAAGAUGGGGAAGGAGAACUGAGUCCAUCCAAGUCUGGGUGAUGAGCAAAAAAACGACUCCAUGGAGCCUUUGUCAUGCCCCAGCCACUCUUUGAAAUCUCCUUAACUUCAUGCCAUGGGUGGGGAUUAAGUAAAUCAUCUCUAAAGCAAGAGACAGACUAGAAGGGUGAACACAUUAAUAAGCCAAAGGAAAACUGCAGUGUUGGGUUUUUUUGCUGUAUAUAUAUAGUGUUUAAAUAGCAUUGUGAAUGUACACAGCACUUUAUGAAAUUAUUAGAGAAUGUCCCUGCCCAGAAAAUGUCACUGCCCACUUAAAACUGAGUAUUAAUGAGAGGCAGUGAAUUUCUCCAUAUUUAAGAAAACAUAUCCCAUGUACUUUAGGUUUUAUAGGAGGGUGCAGAGAGAGACAGCUUAGUCUGGACGAGUACAUUUGGAGACAGAAACAAGAAACUUUUGAUCCCUGGUAACCUGCAGAACUUUUUUGACUGUUUUUCUUCUUAACAGUUCAUCACAUUCCCCAUUUCUGUAGAAUAAUGUCCUUUUGGCAGAGCAUUACUUUGAAUUCAUUCUGAUAAGCUUAAGUGCUGUUUGUUUUUCUAGUCAAAUGACUGUUAAAUUGAGAUACAAAGCCCAGAGUUACCCUGACACAGCUCUUGAGGCUCCUGUUUUGUACGUGUUCUCGUAGGAUUUGACUGCUCAGUCUUCACUCUGUUGCAAAGAUCACUUCUUGGGUUCUUUUUUUUUUAAAAAAAAAAAGCAACCAAAACCAACUUGUGCAGUGAUUUGGUCUAUUCUUGAGGUAUUUCUUGAUACUGCAGUUUUCCUUUAGGGUGGUGUGUGCCAUUGCAAAACGGGCUAACACGGGAGCUGUGGAGGCAGAGCAGAGCAUUGAGCCACUCAGUCUUAUUCUGCCUUUUGGUACGGGCUGUUAUCUUCUAGAUGAAAGGAGAAUCAAACACACCCCUUCAGUGAACACACACUUUUUCUGCACACCUGUGAAGUUGCUAAUGCGUUGCUAAGGGCCUUUGUCAUACACUGGUUUUAGGGGGCUCAAAGGACUUUUGACACUCUGGCCUGAGUUGUUCUAAGAAAUCAGAGCAGAGUCCCAUUUAAUAACCACCAAAAUCCACCUCUGUCACAAGAGGAAGUUUACAAUUUCUGUGUGUCUUUAACAGAAGUUCCAUUUACCUCAUAUUUUCUCCUUUUCCUUGCUUUCUAUGUAUUCCUGGUUUGUGCUGCUGUUUCCCAGGGCACCAGCUGACACUGCAGUCUGGGAGCCAGCUUCUAAAUAACGAGCGUGUGCGGGUCAGACUUGGGGUUGGGACUUUGUCCUCUGCUCCAGCAGGAGGAGGGAGCAGCAGGAAACCCAUCAAACCCGAGAUGAUGUUGGGAACCCGCAGCCCUGUGUGGUGGCUGUGGCAGUGACGGGCGUUCCCAGGGACUGGGUCCCCUGGGAUCUCAGACCUCAGAAGUCUAAGGCCUGACCUGUAGCAUCCAAAAGGAGCCCUUUCCGUUCCUAAAUUGAAAACAAGUCAAACAGUUAAUCGAUGCUGGUCUGCCUGUUUCGAGAUAGGUAAAUCUUAUCAGUAUUAUUCAGAUCACUUUGUGGUGGCAAAGCUUUGUUCAAAGGCCAGAUUGCCAAAUUUCCCAGUUGUGCUGGCAUGUGGUACCCUUCUAUGUUAAUUAUUUGAAUCUCUCUAGCAACAUAAACAUACACUGAAGUGAACCAUGUACGCUUGAAUUCUGCACGGUGGGAAAGAUGUGUCCUGUUUUUCUGACAAAAAGAGUGUUGGGGUGUGAAGGCCUCCAGGGUGAUAAUGGGAUUUUCUUUUUUUUUUAAAUAAAUAAUGUAAUUUUCAAAAAAAGGAAAAAAAAAGCAAAGAAAAAAACUAGUUGGGGGCAAGUGCUCCAAGUGCAACCUGCUGUAACCAAGAAUGUUGUUUCUAUUUUUAUAGAAGUUUUAUACCGCUCCAGGGUGGAGAAUAUUUAUUACCUAAAUUAUUUCACUGGAAAAAAAAAAAAACAAAACAAAAAAAAAAGGCCAGGGUUUUGUAGAAUCCUGAAUGUGAUUGUUUUACACACAUAAUGAUGUGCACGAUGGAAACUACUGAUUUUCAGUGGCCCGUUUGCAGCCCAGCAACGGGGAAAAGGCGAACGCUGUGAAGCAGUGGAGGAGAGCGCUGUGCUCUGGGGUCUCUACAGUCACUCUUACCUUCUUUACACCCUACCCCACUGUACUAUCCCAGACCUUUGUCCUGUUUUUCUUUUAACCUGAUACUCUGGCCUCUUUGCUAGUCAUUUCAGUUGCCCCGACUUAGACGUUUUAGCUUCUGCAUCCUACAGCGUGUCCUCAGUACUGUAACUCACGGAUCAAGCUUGGCAUUGUUGCAAAUAGGUGCAACUCCUGGUGACUUUGGGAGAUUCACCAGUUUACACUGCAGCUUAGUUUGAUCAGUGACUCUUCCCAGACACAAUCACCAUAAGACACCUAACUUGGGCUAGCUCUUGUGCCUUACUGGCAUGACUAAAAGUAUUGCCAAAAAGAAAAAAAAGAACAAAAGAAAUCUAUGCAGGUUCAGUUUUGAAAAGAUGUGAUCCUCAGAUGGUUCGAAUCGAUGCAGUUCUGCUCUCUUCCAUAGAGCUGCCUCAAUUUUCACCAGCUGAAGAUGUUGCCCUUGCUGUGUAUUUGUUUCAGAUUUCCCUUUCUUGGUGUAUCAAUGUGUAUGUUGCCAAAGUUAAUAAAUGUAUCGAGUUUGUGAGUUGGGCAGAUUUUUUUUUAUCCUGACAAGAGAACCGAUCAGAUAAAAGCAACAUUUUUGUGUCUGACUCUGGACAUUUAGGCUCUUGUUGCCUUCCAGUCAUAAGCCAGUUUUCUUCCUCGCUCAUUCACAGGCAAGUCUGGGAUUAUGGGGACUUGGGGCUCUUAAAUUUUCUUUUUGAUUACUACCAUGGUCUCAUUCAAGUGCAAAUCAAAUCAGUGUCAAAUGCUUUAUUUCCUGAAUAGUACCAUAAGAGUUGGGCAAGUUCCAAUAAGCUGCAGAAGAAUUGGCUUAAGUAGCCACGUGGUCGAUGUUUUCUGUGUAUGCUUCUAAACCAAAGAGUCCGAAUUUUUUACUACAGAAGCCAGUAGGGCUUCUGAUGAAAUGGAAUUCCCCAUUACAUGUGCCACCAGGAAGGUCUUGCAUAUUUUUAGAAACAAAACUGAAAUGAUCCACUUCAUAGGUUUACUUUUUUUCUCAGAAGACAUUUGAUUUUACUAGAUGUGCUGUAAUAAGCUGAAAGUACGACGAGCGAUUGAAGUCUCCUUCUCAUGUUAACUUAGUGACAAGAACUAUGGUAAAAGAAAUCCCAGAUUCUUCAGUCCCCUAGGUCAACAGUCCAAAACAAGGCAUCUCUCUGCAGUUCAGCUUUUUCUUUCAGUAAUACAAGGCUUGCAUUAUUAGCAACUGCCUUUGGUGAUUACAUAUGAAUCCUAAGCAAAACGAGGACUGGAGUUUUCCUGACGUGUCUGAGACAAUGGUGGUGACUAUCUCUUCAUGUUUUAGUGGUGAGGCAGUUUAUUGGCUGUGGGUGCUACUCUGGAAAAUAGGCAUCUCCAGAAAAUUCCUCACUGGAAAACACAUCUAAAAGGAGAAAGCUUUUCAUCUGAAUACUGAAGGUUUCCUAACAUGACAGAUUCUCCUUGCAGGGUAGACUUGACUGAAGUGUGGGUUAGGGAAGAACAGAAUGAACUUUUUUCCUGUUUCAUCUGGAAAUAUCUAAAAGCAACUUGGAUAAAGCAAAUUGCAGUUGAAGGGUGCAACUAUGAACACGUAAAACACUGAGAGCUUCUGAAUCCCUGAGCAUAGCUACCACAAAAUCUAAACCACAGAAGGCAGAAUUAUCACACUCAUGAGAAUAAACCAAGGACAAACUGGAAUGACUUUCCCCAAAUCACUAAGUUCUCAGGCAGCAUCUCACGGCUUUGCUCUUGUAGUCCAGUCCUCCUCCAGGGCUUUAGUGAAAUUUAGUCUUUCCCCUCAACAUUGCUGAGUGAGGUAUUUUUCAAAUUCUUUUUAAAAAAGCCCUCUGCACACACAGAAUGUCGGUGGUGGAUGCUUAGAUGUCACUUGAUUUCGUGCCUCGUGUUGUUUCUCAUGCCUCAGUUAGUGACGGACUUGCCUUUCUGGUUUAAGAUGGAAAGCUUAACGGCUGUCUGCAAACUGGAGCACUUCUAGAACUAUAGAAAUAAGUGCAAGGGUUGCAUUGUGCUCUGUCUGCUGAGUUGGUUUGAACUCCAUACCGAGUCCUUUUCCAGAGGGGAAAGUGUGCAGAGCAAACUAGCCUCAGCAGCUGGAGGAAGCAGAGCAGUGCGGGUUCAGUGGACGAGGCGCUUCCCAUGGCUUUGGAACUAGAACGCAACACUUGCUGUUCUCAAGCACACUAUAGGACUACCAUACAAGUCUCACCUUGCUCUCUUAACCAACAGCUUUGAGAUGUGCUGAAGAAUAAAGCCCCAAACAAGAAAUAAAGGGGAGUUGGGCAGGGAGGGAGGAAGCAAAAAGAGAAAAACCUACUUCCUCUCUCCCGUGCCUCCCACAUUCUUCCCUAAGCAUUCCUUGUCCCUUGCAGCUCACAGGCUCAGGGGAGGAAGCAAAGGUAAUUAUAUCACUUAAUGUAAGACUUGUUUUAGCUAUAAAACGCUUCAAGAAAGCUUCAGGAAACACAUUUCUACUCAUCAAACUGGCAACAGUGACUGUAGAGCUUCUCAGAGCCCAGAAUCCCCUCCUCACCAAGUCAGGGAGCUGGGGGCUGUUUCUGUAAAGGUUGGGAACAGAAAAUCCCUGUGCAGGUCUAAAGGUAUGGAAAGUGCUCAGCUAGGACAAGUCUUAACUUGCAGUCAAGUCUUAAGGAAUUCUUCUCCAAUGUGUGGAGUUUUUGUUGAGUAUAAUAUUCCCCUCACUCCCUCCCUGCUGUGUUUAAAGUCGCCCAUCCCCAGUUUCAUGGGCUCCUAGGGAGUGAGGAUGGACUGUAGCUGAAGGAAAGAAUGUGGAUUUCCUGGGCUGCCACUGCCUAAGAACUUGUUAAGGUACAAGGAAAGUCUCAGCUGUUGAACCACCCGUGGACCUUUUGUGUCCUCUGUCUUGUGUCUCAGGGGGCAAACGUUAGCCCUGGAGCCACAUAUUUUGGAGUCGGUCUCCUGGGGAGGGAGCUUGCUCUGUCCUUCUCCUGAACAGAGCUAGGGGGGCACUGGGCAAGGUGAAAGCACGCAAAUCCACGUGGCACUAGGCCAGGGAGUGCUCUGCAGACGGGGUGUUGAGAGGGAAAUCCAGACCUCUGCUUCCAUUUGGUUUCUGGCAGUUUGAUGUUUACUUGGUGUCCUUCAUGUACUUCGACUUUUACUUGUCCAUCGUUGGCAUGUGCUGCCCUUCCCUGUCGACUCCCUUCCCCAGGAGAUCUCAUUGUACAGUGCCCAUUCUCGUUCUCUCUCUCUGUGUUUGGAUGUACUGCUCUGUGUAACUCAGUGGGUCUCCCUCUUUCUGGUUUGUUUUUUUUUCUAGAUUCCUGCCGUUUGUUCAUCGUUGUGCCUAAAGCAUGUCGAUGUGGCGUUCAAGUACAUCGUCCAAAUCCUUGUCUCUUCAGCUUCUCUGAUGCUUGAACUCUCACCUUUGACCUUGUGUUGACCUUUGAUGCUGAUGUGUAUUUUUAUUACGUUUGUUUCUUUCUAUUUUUUUUUCUUUUGUUGUGCUGCCAAAUUGGUUUUGCUAGAAAGACUGCUGAAGGGGAAUAUUUAAACUUGCAUUUGAAUAUAAAAGAAUUUCUAUUUUUCUAGACCUUCGUAAGAUAACCACUUGAUUUUGUGAAUCUGAUUCUUUGUAAUUGUCUUCAGAGCAGCCUUGCUAGCAUACCUUGUGGAGUAUUUGUAUUUCUGUGAACAUACAGCCAAUCACUUUCUAGGCUUAGGGUUUGUUGGUUUUUCUUCUUUUCCCCCCACCCCGUGUGCUUAGUUUUAAAAACACAGUUUCGAAGAAAACGUCAGUUCUGUGGUGUGACUCAACCUUUCAGGAGACCUCCCAGUCACAUUUUGCUGAUCUGGUUUCUGUGCUCGAGGAGACAGCAUGUGGGGUUUGUUUUGCUUUUUUUUUUGUGACUUCAAACUUGUGACUUGAGUGGCAUCAACAGAAAACACUUGAACUACAUUUUUCUUCUGAUUGUAGCUAUGUUUUUGCCCUGGCAUUUAUUGAUAAUUUUUAUUAUUAUUAUUAUUAAUAUUAUUUUUACUCCCCCCCCCUUUGCUCCCCUGUGUGAUUAUCAGUCUGCAGUGAAAAUUUGAUCAAAGUUGAUGUUGUAUUUUUGUUUAAGCUCCAGCAUGCUUGGAUUUCUUUUUUCUCUUUUUUCCUUUGUAACUGCAAUCUCCUCAGCAAAAUGUGAUGUUUUUGUUUUAAUCUUUCAAACUAAGGUAGUGCCCAGAAAUGUUUUGCAUGUUUCCUGCUGUUUUCUUCACACCCUCGUAUAUAUAUAUAUAUCUAUAUCUCACAUUCACCUCUCUGUUUUCUAUAGUUUGUGCAAAAACUGAGCAAUUUAAUGGGUUUCGAAGGUAUCCUUUAAAUUGGUGUUUUUGGUAUGACGAAUAUCUGAUCAGAAGCCACCUGAGGGCAUCUACCUGUGCACUUAGACUGUCUGACAGAGCACCUGGACCUGGUUCCAUCUCCAGUGCCGUCAGAGGCUCCCGGGGGCUCGGUUGCAGUGUUCCUGUAGCGGAGGUUUUGGUGGGAGGGGAUAGCUGGGGAGCCAGAAACUGGGGCAACUCCCCAGUAUUUCUGUUUCCAAAGUUAUCUGAAGCCAGGGCUCCUUUGACACACUCUUUAUGAGCAUUUUGUAUCAUUCAGGGCACAUUUUUGUGAGAUCCAGCCCUACUCUAACACCGUCGGUCGGACCUUGGCGGCAGGAUCCUGGAAGGAGCUAGGUUAGCUCGUGAAAUCAAAUGUUUGAAGUAUCCCAGAGAAAGCACUUGUAAACCUGGUCCUACAACUGCUGGCUCUUUUCCCAAGUGACAAGCACAAUACAACAGCGUCUGAAGCUGUUACCUGAACAGGGUACCAUCCCCAGCUCUCUCUGAAGGGCCUUGGCUGGGGAAUCUCUACGGAGAUUUUUUUAGUUUUUGUUUAGUUUUUAAUUGGGUGAUGAGCUAAGCAGUUUUUUCUGACUUGCAGGAUGAACUAGAACAGGUUGCUGCUUUCUGGGUAGCAGGCUUCCCCCUGCCCUACACACCACCUGCACAGGUAGAAACUGGGCUGUAGCUUCUAGACCAAAGCACCCGGAGAGCGUGUGCUGCAGUGAAGUUAGAGUGGGAAGGAGAAGCAAGGUAGGGUAGUUAUCUCCACAGUGGGAAAGAUUACAAAGUGGAAUCCCAAGAGAAAGGGUUCUGCUGAGAAAACAAAUUGGGGUGGACAGUAAUGUUGCUUUUGUCCAGCGUUUGGGAUAAUGCAAAGAUGCAAGAGGAGCUUUUUCUGUCCUGCUGCUGAGUUGGCUGAGGAUGCUGUGUUCUCGGUAGAUACUGGCUAGGCCUGUGUAGACAGUCCUUCACCUGCUUCAAAGACAGAAGGUGCUCAGGUACAUCUGCCUGGGAGUGAAGCCUGAGGCUGGGUGAAAAAAGGGUAGGGACUUGUUGGUGUGGAAGGUAGGGUUGUGGGCUGGCUGCUGUUAGUCCCACAGUCUGAAUGCACAGGGCUGUGCGUCAGUGGGGGCAUGGAGUAACUGCCAAUUACCUUCCUGUACCUGCACAUUUGGUUCCAUAAGGAACUUGGGGGAAACCUGUGGAAUAAAAAAAACCCUAUGUAUCUGAAGCAAACCAAAAUGCCAAACGUUGGAUGUUUCUUUCCUUCCUUCUUUCCUUUUCUUCCUUUGAUUGUUUUAAUUGUUCUGUGGUGGUUUUAAUGGAUCUGAGACAGUGGAGCAGCAGCUGCCUUUCUGAUUUUUGGCUGCUUUUUGUGAAUAAUUUAAAAAGAAAAUUUACCUUUUGGAGACAAACCUGUGGGCUUUUUUAUUGGUACAAACAUUGUAUUUAACACUAGGGGUUUUGUACAGUUUUUUGCCUUUUCUACUAGAAAACAAUGUAAAGUGAUUCACAAUGUGACGAGAAAACAAAUUGCCACUAUGACCAAAUGUAGAGUCUGUUCUGCAGUAAUGGGAUUUAAUCAACUCCAAGUCGUGGUUCAGUCGUAGAGAUGCUUUUCUUUACCUUGUUUGAGCUGUUUUUUUUUUCUUCUCUCUUGUUUUGAUUUGCAAAACAAAAUGUCUUUUUGUGUGAAAUUGUGUUUGUACUCUGUAGAGAAUUACGGAUUUUACUUUAAUGGUUUCAAAAGCAGAGGAGCACGCGUUGCUUUUCCAGCUGAUCACGGAGUUUUUGUGUAGUGGAUUUAAGAAUGAAAAGAUUUGUUACAAGUUUGGGACGAGCGAGUAUGUGUUUUAAAGGAAUUUUCUUCCUUUUUGUGUGCGUGUGUGGGGUUUUUUUGUUUUGUUUUGUUUUCUUUUUGUCCCAAAGGGCAACUUAAAGCUGUUUUAAUUGCACAGACACACCGACAACAAGUCAUUUUGUAUAUGCCAAGUGUGGUACCUUCCUUUGUUUAUUUGCUAUUAAACUGUUUGAGAAGA